AUGGAUAAUUCAAAAAGUGAGGUAAAAGGAAUCAAUAAAAACCAUUUAUUAAAAAAUCAAAUUAAAUGUAAUGAAAUAAAAAGAAAGUUAAGUGACAUAUAUUUUUACGAUGAAGAUCCUAAAAAUAAAUUAAGUAGUGACUCUAAAAUUGAUAUAAAUGACAAAGAAAAUAAAUAUGAAAGAGUUAAAGAAAACAAUACAUUUGAUAAUUUAUUGUGUGAGAAAAAAAAAUUUCUUGAAACAGAAAAGGAUUUAUUAAAAAAUAAAGAUAUACAUGAAGAAAUGUACAUAAAUGAAUCAUGUACAAAUCAUUCAAGUCGAAAAAAAAGAAAAAAAAAAAAAAAAAAAAGUAAUAAUAACACAGAAAUUAUAAAACCGACAAAUCAAAUGAUUAGAAUAAAUUAUUUAUUGCAAGCAUCAUUUCUGAUGAAUAAAUUUAAUCCUAAUAUAUCCAGGGAAUACAUAAAAACUAUGAGAAGAUUUUCCAAUAAAUUUUUAAUAAAAUAUGAUAAAAAAUUCAAAAAAUUAUUUUGCAAAAAAUGUAAUUCAGUUCUUAUUCCAAGUGUAACUUGUAAAGUUUCGGUUGAUCCACUGAAUUUACAAAAAAAAAAAAUUGAUAAAAAUGAACACAUAAAAGAUUCUAUAAAAAAAAAUAAUUAUUUUAAUAUAAAAUCAAAAGAUGAAUAUUUAGUUUCAUAUAAGUGUAACUAUUGCCAGCAUAAUACUAAAUUUGUUUAUGAUAACAAUUUAAUUACUCCUCAAGAAAAAGAAAACUUCGAGGAAAAUGUACAUACAAUUUAA